CUUAUAUUCAGCAGUAAAUAUCAUGUGAUCCGAAAGUUGAGUCAGAAAGUUGUUGACAUUUCUAAAAUAUUUUUUAUGCUGGUACUUUAUUAAACAUUCAACCAUGUCGAAGGCGCCAACAAAAAUGAAGAAGAAGGUGCUGCUAAUGGGUAAAAGUGGAUCAGGGAAAACCAGCAUGAGGUCCAUUAUUUUUGCCAAUUAUAUUGCAAGGGACACAAGAAGACUAGGAGCAACAAUUGAUGUGGAACAUUCACAUGUACGUUUCCUGGGAAACCUUGUCCUAAAUCUUUGGGACUGUGGAGGACAGGAAGCAUUCAUGGAGAACUAUUUUGCGAGUCAGAGAGACAACAUUUUCCGUAACGUGGAGGUCCUGAUCUACGUGUUUGACGUGGAGAGUCGGGAGCUGGAGAAGGACAUGCAUUACUAUCAGUCCUGUCUAGAGGCCAUUCUACAGAACUCGCCCGAUGCCAAGGUCUUCUGUCUCGUCCACAAAAUGGACCUCGUGCAGGACGAUCAGAGAGAUAUGAUAUUCAGAGAAAGAGAAGAGGAUCUAAAGAGAUUAUCAAAACCACUGGAUUGUACUUGUUUUGCUACAUCUAUCUGGGAUGAAACUCUGUAUAAGGCCUGGUCUAACAUUGUUUAUCAGCUGAUUCCUAAUGUUCAGCAGUUAGAAGCCAACCUGACCAAUUUUGCCAACAUAAUCGAGGCAGACGAAGUCCUCCUGUUUGAAAGGGCAACAUUCCUGGUAAUUUCUCACUGCGAGAGAAAACACCACCCUGACCUCCACAGGUUUGAGAAGAUCAGUAACAUCAUUAAGCAGUUUAAACUAAGCUGUAGCAAACUAGCAGCCACAUUUCAGGGAAUGGAAGUCAGCAAUAAGAAUUUCUCGGCGUACAUCGACGUCUUUACAUCCAACACCUAUGUAAUGGUAGUCAUGUCAGAUCCCACUAUACCUUCAGCAGCAACACUUAUCAACAUUAAAAAUGCCAGGAAACAUUUUGAGAAAUUAGAAAGGGUUGAUGCUGGACAUUCCUCAAUAGCCUCAAGAUAGGGAAGAGGAAGAGGAAUUCCUAAUGUAAAAACUGGUCAUACACUCAGACUGACCCAGUGCCAAUGAACCGCUACCAAAGUGUUAAAACUGUUAAGACUUCUGAUAAACUAACUAGGCAUGUAAGGUGCAUACAUGCUGUCUAUAUCAGGAUAAACAAAUUCUACUAACAGGGUGAUCUUAUACAAAUGAGAUAUAAACAUAAAGGUAUACUGCUAGAAAGGUCGAGAGGUAAGCUGCUGUUAUUGUGAAUGAAUGUGUUGUUGUCUGUCUCUGUUUUUUUUCUUUCUUGCUGGUAUUUUUGAGUUACGGAAAACUGCACCUGUAGGUGUAUAAUUCAUUUUUUUUUUACAUGUACUUAAAUAGACUGACUUGCAUUUUCUGUAUUUCAUGUACACAUGUAAUAUAUGACAUUACCAUGGAUUGGUUACAACUCAGUGUUAUUGUAAAUUGUUGUUUUGAUGUAAAGAAGAACAUUUAAGACAUAUUGUGUAUUGGAAUCAUGUUUUUAAACCAGUGUCUGUUAAGCUGCAUUAAAAUUAUUUAAAUGUGA